AUGCUUUUGGUUACAAACGUGGAUCAGUACAUGGGGUUUGCUAUCACAUCUCAUCUUGCACAAUACAAAGAACUACGACCUCAACUACGGGUGCUCUGCUCCAGUAAAUCUCGUUGCCAUGGUUUCUCGAAUGCUGGCAUUGAUGUCAGAGAAGUUGACUACAGCCACCCAAACCAGCUUUCACUUGCACUUCGAGGAGUAGAUCACAUUGUGCUUGCUAUUGGAAAUGAAAGCAAACGAGUUGAACAUGCCAAGCACAUCUGCACAGUAGCUGCGCAAUCGGGUGUCACUAGCAUCAUCUGCAUCUCUCACGUGGGUGCUGUCUCUCAACUCCAUCCUUCUCUACAAGAUUUCCAUCAGAUCGAACAACAAGUCAUGCAAAGCACAUGUCAAUACACGAUUCUAAGGCUUGAUUUUGUGCAACAAUACUUCCAUUUGUGGUCCAACUAUGUGGAGAAGCAUCGCCAAAUGAUAUUACCAAUGACUCAAGAUGCACAAAUCUGUCCAGUUGACAUUACAGACGUAUGCAAGGUGAUUGAAGAAUUGUUAGUAGACCCUAUUCAGCACACAUACAAGCAGCUGAACGAUAAGCACGAUGGACAAGUCUACACACUCACAGGUCCUGAAGUGCUGAAUGGCCAGCGCAUCGUGGAACUAUUGACGCUGUCAACAGGAUAUGAGCAUUUUAAGUUUUGUCACGGCCGUCUUAUGGAUCUUGGAUACUACAUGAGCGGGCUUGGUAAAGAUGUUUGGUUUGACGCCAGGUUGAAGCAAGAAAUGUCACAAAUUUACCACGAUACUUAUGAAAACAGCAGCUAUAGAGACAAGGCGUAUGCAAAUCCUACAGAGAAACAAAUCCAAACAUAUCUCGAUUAUUUUGAUUGGGUACAGCAAACGUCUGGCAGCAUCUGUGUACCGCACACGGCUAUGCUCAUUAGCUCAUCCUGUGAAUCUAUCGAGAAAUUCUUCAAGGAAAAUGCCAACAGCUUCAAGCCAAGAGUAUAG